AUGGCCUCUCUCACGCGCUCCACCCGGAGGGCCAACGCUGAAGGGCUUCAUCCCCAUUCCCUUCACCAUCCCCAUCCCGUCCCCGUCCAGCAGCAGCCGACGCACCAGCACCAGCAGGCCUUCGCAGCGAACACUGUGACGCGCGCCGCCCCCCAAAACAUCUCCGCCUACCACCACCAGCUGCCCGGUCGCACCAAGCGCCAGCUCGACACGGCCGAUCUCGUCGAUUUCGACCACCCGAAGCAAAAGAGAUCGCGUUCGAGCAUCGAAAUCCUCAUCAAACCUGCUCCCCAGCCCGUCAAGCCCGUCGUUGCGAACGCGACUGCCGCCCACAACGUCACCACCACCCCGACUCCGCAACCGACGACGACGACGCCUCAGGCGACCCCCCUAGCGAGGCCGACCCCGAGACCCGUGCAACAACACGUCGCGACAGUGCAUCCCCUGAAAGCCCCCUCGACCCCCGCGACCGACAAUGCGCCGCAGUUGACAAAACAUCAAGAAAAAGUCAUCAACGGCAUUAAACAUGAGUUGGAUCGUUUGCAGCCCCGCGAGGCCGAUACCCACACAAAGGAGGGGGGCCGCAAACUGCGCUCGCAAGAGGCCACUCGUUUCAAGAGCGAGCUGUCAGCGUACUUCCCCGAGUAUGACGAGGUCAUCGGAAACGAUCCAAAAGAACAACGUAUGCUCCACGCUCAUGCUUUCCGUUGCCGUGCUUGUGCCGGAUCGGCACGGCAUUACAGGAUACUUACUGACCCGUUGCCUGCAGACUUGCUGAACGUCGAUACCCCGAUAGUCAUUUUUGACUCGAACCCCACACGCCUUCAACCGGCACCAUGGCUUCCGUUCACCGGUGCAGAACCCAGCGCGCCGAGUGACGCUUCAAUGAUCCCGCCCAGCGCACAUAAAGUCCCGGUGCGCGGAUACGGCGACGCGUUGUUCAGCGAUCUCGUCGAUGCACAGCGUAUAGACUUUGAUUUCCUCGGAAUCUCUCACAAGAGAGAACCUGCUGAGGAUCCUCUGCCAGAUGCGUCCUUCGUGCCCUCGCACAAGAGGGCCGAGAGACUGGAAAAGUCUAUUCGUAACACAGAGCGUGGUCGGGCUCAACACGAGAAGGACCAAAUCGCACGUCUGCUGGGUGGUCUGCAAGGUCAUGACUGGCUGCGAGUCAUGGGUGUAAGUGGCAUAACGGAGAGUCGAAAGAAGCAAUACGAACCGGCGAGGCAGCACUUUAUUAAAGGCUGCCAAGCCAUCCUCGAGAGAUUCCGUCAAUGGAGUCUGGAGGAGAAGCGCCGCAAAGCCGAAAAGGAUCGUGCUCUUGCUGAAAAGGCGGAGGCGGAAGAAACGAGUGACGAGGAUUCUUCCGAAGGUAGUGAUGAGGAUGAUGCCGAGGAAGACGACGCUGGCAAUGUCAGUGACGGUGAUCCUCCUGGCUCUUCUGACGAUGACUCUGUGUCGCAACAGCUUCACGAAGAAGCGAUAGCAAGGUCGAAGGGAGCAAAGAACAGUAAGAAGCGCCCAAGGGUGAUAAUACAACCCCGGCCUCCACCAAAGCCGGAACCGCCAAAGGAGUUCAAGUCAUUCUUCAAGAAGAGGUACGAGCGAGACGCGGCCUUGCAUCGGCACAGGCGGGCUGGUCGUAAAGUGGUUGCAUGGGGACAUCCGAUUCCAGAGAUACCCGAGAUCGAUUUCGAUCUCCCCGAAGAGUUUCGUGACGAGGAAACGUUGAAGAUGCAGGCGAGGAAGAGGCGUCGCGAUCGUCGAGGCAGGCACUGA